AUGGCUACCAGCAUCUCGCAUGAAGGAUCAAGUUGGAAUCACACCAUUCGUUACAUAGGCUGGGGGGCCGGAAUUUUCAUCAUCGCCCAAGUUGUCGUGUUUCUCUGCAGGGCUCUCGCCUCGCCAUUGCGCUCGGUGCCGGGUCCUUUCCUCGCUCGCUUUGGUCGAGUCUACUACUUCAUCCGGGUGUCUUUAGGCCGCUGGGAGCGUGAGGACAUCGCCUUACACCGACACUAUGGCCCCGUCGUCCGUGUCGGAGCAGAUCUCUACAGCAUUGAUUCACCCGAGGUGGUGAAGAAGGUAUAUAGCAUUGGCUCUAAAUUCACCAAGUCGGAUUGGUACGAUGCCUGGCGUCAUCCGGACGUGAACCGGUUACACUUAUUUCCUGAUCGAGAUAUGAAACGUCAUGCCGACACUCGAAGACGCUUUCAAGCUAUGUACUCUAUGUCUAGCUUAGUCACCUAUGAAGGAUACGUUGACGAGUGUGCUGCCAUUUUCCGUCAGAGAUUGACUGAAUUUGCCACGAGUGGCGAGACGAUUGACAUGGCCCGUUGGCUGCAAUGUUAUGCGUUCGAUGUUGUUGGCAACAUUACAUACUCAACUCGUUUUGGCUUUAUGGAUAAAGGCGAGGAUGUUGCAGGCCUUAUGAAGGCCUUACAUAGCAUGCUGAGAUACGGUACGCUUGUGGGAAUAUAUGCGUCGUGGCAUCCUCUGGUCUUCGAUAUUUUCAGCCGCUUAGGUCUUGGAGGUGCUUCUGGCAGGAAUUACCUAAUAAAAUAUGUUCAGGAACGGCUCGAGCAGAGGAAAGCAGAGAACCAAGCUGCAGAACUCAAGGGCAUUAAAACGACAGGUGCAAAGGACGAGGGUGCACCCAUGGAUUUUCUGGAAAAGCUUAUGAUUGCGAAUCAAGCCGAUCCGGAAAAGGUAACGCCAGCUCAUGUUUUUCUGAUCGGAUUAGGAAACAUUAUCGCAGGGUCGGACACGACGGCGGUCAGUCUAUCGUCCAUUUUGUACAACCUACUUAAAUAUCCAUACACGAUGGACAAGUUACGGCAGGAAAUCGCAGAUUUCGAGAAACAAGGUCGUUGUGGAAAACCUGAUGUCUCAUUUAAGCAGAGUCAGGAUAUGCCGUAUCUUCAGGCUGUCAUGAAAGAAGCUUUAAGAGUUUGUCCUGCGACAGGUUUACCGCUAUGGCGAGUGGUUCCCGAAGGGGGUGUCGAACUUUGUGGUCAUUACUUCCCCGCAGGCACCACCGUCGGCAUCAACACCUGGUGUGCGCAUUAUAAUGAAGAAGUUUUUGGUCCAGAUGCUGGAGACUUUCGUCCUGAAAGGUGGCUCGAGGCUGAAAAGGAGGGAGGUGAGAGACUUAAGAAUAUGGAAGCAUAUUAUAUGCCGGUACGUAUGGUGUUUUCAGCGUUGGAACCAUUACUCCAUACUGACAAACUCGAUUUCAAGUUUGGCCUAGGUUCUCGAACUUGUAUAGGUCGUCACAUUUCCUUCUUGGAAAUGUCAAAGCUGAUACCUCAAAUCGUGAGAGAUUUCGAUUUCGAGCUGAAGGACCCUGAUCGACCUUGGAGUACGGAGAACAAUUGGUUCAUCACGCCAACUAGCUUCCGGGUACAAGUCAGAGUUCGGUCACAGGGAUGA